CACGACACAAAUCUCCAAAUCAGAUUUCAAUUCAACUUGAUUCACCAGAAAAAUGAUGAUUUCUCAAUCCGAUUUCCGUUCAGCUCUUCAAAUCGCAUCCACUCUACGCCACCGCCACCAAUCCUACCUCUUAAUCUCACGCGCCGCCGCCGCCUCCGCCUCCUACAUCCCUUCGCCGUGGUCCCUGCGGUUGCCAGCUACUGUGAGAUUGAGGGCGAGAGCUUUCUCUACAGACGAAAGUGCAAUCGAAAGCACCGUGGAAAAGCUUCCGAGUAAACCGUCGAUAUGUACCGCCGACGAGCUCCACUACGUCUCCGUCAACAAUUCCAACUGGAGGCUCGCCCUAUGGCGGUACACUCCUUCCCCGCAGGAUCCGCCGAGGAAUCACCCGCUCUUGCUGUUGUCAGGGGUUGGCACUAAUGCCAUUGGAUAUGAUCUCUCUCCCGAGUCUUCAUUUGCACGUUACAUGUGUGGGCAAGGAUUUGACACAUGGAUUCUUGAAGUUCGAGGCGCCGGGUUGAGCAUGCAGGGAUCAGAUCCUAAAAAACUUGAACCGUCAGCCCAUGCAAUAUCUGAACAGAUGGAAGCUGCAGUUGAGAAUGCAACGAAUAGGGUUUUCUCUGCAGCACAACAGUCAACUAAUGUCAACAAUGCCUCUGCAGAAUCUGGGAUGACUCUGGCCAAAGAAGAUCCAACUGGAAUUGCAACAGUGUGGGAUGAAUCAAAACUUGUGACGAAGUUGACAGAAACUUUUAUGCUUCUGUCAGAAAGACUCUCUGGCUUUCUCAGUGAAGGUCAAUCCAACAUUAUGUCCGCUAAAUUGUUUGAUCAGAUAUCAAGACUCUUAGAGGAUUCUUUUCUAUAUGAACGCUUUGAUGAGAUUAGGGGAAAGCUUUCAAAUUUGUUGGAAACACGGCAGAGCUCUGCUGUUGCUAGCCAGAUAAGGGAUUUGAGUCAGAAGCUUGUGAAUAUCUUUGGAGAAGGUCAACUCACUGUUUCACCUCAGUUGUUUGAUUUACAAGAGCGUUUAAUCACAACUAUAGAUGAUUUUCAGAAACAACUAGACUUGAUUGUCAAGUACGAUUGGGACUUUGAUCAUUACUUGGAAGAGGACAUUCCUGCUGUGGUGAGCAUCCUUUAUGAGCAUAAAAUAGUUGUGCUUACCUUUUACAUAGUAAUUGAUAGUUCUCAGGAGAGUUAUCUUCGUGGAAGUAGGAUGACCGCGGAAGUGGGUGGUUGUGAACCCCGAGGGUACCUCUUUGAUGCCACCUCAGCUUUUGGUGUUUCCCUGUUGUCUUGUAAAGGUUAUGAAGGAAGAGAGUCUGGAUUGGCAGCUGUUGUUACUUUGGCAUCAUCACUUGAUUAUACAUCUUCAAAAUCAUCACUCAAACUGCUCUUACCCCUUGCUGAUCCAGCACAGGCUUUUAAUGUGCCUGUUGUUCCCCUAGGAGCAUUAUUGGCAGCAGCUUAUCCUCUUUCAUCUCGUCCUCCUUAUGUCUUGUCUUGGCUUAAUCAUUUGAUAUCAGCCGAGGACAUGAUGAAACCAGAGUUGCUAAAGAAGCUCGUCCUGAACAACUUUUGUACUAUACCUGCUAAACUUAUAUUGCAGCUGACCACAGCUUUUCGAGAAGGUGGACUAUGUGACAGAAGUGGUACAUUCUUCUACAAGGAUCAUCUCCAUAAAAGCAAUGUCCCUGUCUUAGCAAUUGCUGGAGAUCGAGACCUAAUUUGCCCACCUGAAGCUGUAUAUGAAACCGUGAAUCUCAUUCCUGAGCAUUUGGUCACAUAUAAAAUAUUUGGAGAACCUGAUGGUCCUCAUUACGCUCAUUAUGAUUUGGUGGGAGGACAAUUGGCCGUGGACCAAGUAUAUCCCUGCAUAAUUCAAUUUCUCAGUCGUUACGACUUGAUUUGA